AUGCAAGCCUUGAAAAAACGACAAACUCACAUUUGCCGUCCAGGAUCUUGGUACCGCGGGGAUGAGAUCGGCCGUAGAGGCGGUUGCUUUUAUGUUGGUCUCACUCUCGGAACGUUGACAUCGAGCUUAAUACAAGCUGGCACAUCGGCUAGGCUUGACGGCGUCCAUGGCCUGGCAGGGUGGCGAUGGAUGUACAUUAUCUGUGCAAUCAUCACCAUUCCCAUUGGCUUGCUAGGAUUUCUAAUCUUACCCGGGACUCCUGACAAGCCGAAUAGACUAGUUCUCAAAGAGGCAGAUAUCGAUCUCGCCAAAAAGCGGCUUCAACGAGCAGGCCAUGGUGUCCAGGAACAUUUCCAAUGGAAGGCGCUCUUGAACAUUGGUCGCAAUUGGAGAUUUUGGGCUUUACUCCUACUGGAUAUUUUCUUCUGGAACGGAAGCGUCAACACCACUACAGGAGGUUAUCUGCUCUGGCUGAAAAGUCUCAAGAAAUUCUCGACCAGUCGCAUCAACGAGCUCAACGCGAUCUCUCCAGCAUUGGGGAUCUUCUAUACCCUCUUCAUUUGUUUCUCAUCGGAUCUUUUGUUCGGCCCUGCCUGGGCUAUCACCAUCGCACACACUUGGAACAUCAUCGGGCUGGUGAUACUCGUCGUAUGGGAUGUUCCCCAGUCCGCGCUCUGGUUCGCAUUUGCCACAACCUAUUCUGCCGUCGCUAUGUCCAGUGUGCUCUACGGGUGGGUUAACAGUCAACUGCGAUACUCGCCUGUUGAACGAGCGGUGGCAUUGAUCAUUUUGAAUGCCGUCUCGCAAUCAACGACCGCUUGGACGCCCUUGCUGGUGUUCAAGACUGUCGAGGCUCCUCGAUUCACUAAAGGGUACUCGUUCGUACUCGGUAACGCCAUAUGCUUGAUUAUACUGGCUCAUGUCAUUCAGUUCUUCACGCGACGAGAGGAGAGAAACCUGAAAAGAGCGGAAGGCGACUCCUACACCAGCGACUCAGACGAAACGAGGGACAUUGAGCCUGGAGAUCGACCAAUCUUGCAGGUCUAUCCGGAGAAGUAG